AUGGCCGACAUCACCGAUCAACACGACCAGACCUCGCCCACCGACCUCGACGAGUCCCAGGUUGGCAACGGCAACGCUGCCGAGAACAGAGGCGUCAAGCGCCAGCGUCCCAGCACCGCUGACGACGAAGACGAUGAUGACGACAAGGGCGGUCGCGAGCGUCGCAAGAUUGAGAUCAAGUUCAUCAACGACAAGUCUCGUCGUCACAUCACCUUCUCCAAGCGCAAAGCUGUACCCGUCGCAUUCCUCCACACGCCUGCCUACGAACUCUCUGUCCUCACCGGUACUCAGGUCCUGCUUCUCGUCGUCUCAGAGACUGGUCUGGUUUACACUUUCACGACACCAAAGCUGCAGCCUCUCGUCACCAAGGCUGAGGGCAAGAACUUGAUCCAGGCAUGCCUGAACGCUCCCGAACCCUCUCAGGGUGGUGAGAACGGCGUCGACGACUCAAACCAGGUCGACUCUCCCGAAGAGCCUCCUCAGCAACAACUUCCUCCCCAACGCCAGGGCAUGCCCCAUAACCCUCACAUGCCCCCCAACUACGGCAUGCCCGUCGGUGGCAUGGACCCUUCGCAAGCGCUCGCCUACCAGAGCUAUGUUCAGCAACAACAACGGGGUGGCGGCUACGCGAUGCCUCCGUCUGGUCUGCCCCAGCACACGUCGCACCAGUCAUGA